ACUCAACUCCGAUGGCUUUUCCUCCUCACUAAAUCUCUUCUUCUCCAUUACAUUGUAAUUACAAUUUCUUCGGUAGUUUGCGUAGAAUUUAUCAUUAUCAGGGUUCCUCUGUCAAAGAAUUGAUCUGCAACCAUGCCUCCCAAACGAUCGGUUCGUAUUGAUGCAAAGAAUAAGAGAAAGAUGGAAGAAAUGAAAGAGGAGCCUUCUUCUGUAGCAGUAUCGCAGCAGAAAAGAACAACGCCCGCGAAUCGAUUGCCCCUCAAGCCUGCCCUCCAGAAAUUUUGUCCUACCCCGUCCUCCUUCAACUUCAACACCCAGCAGCAGAUGCAGCCCCUUACCGAACCUGAAAAUGUGGAAGUACUGUUGAAGAGGCCCUUCACUUCCUUCACCGCCUUAUUAACUGAAGAAGAUGAUGACUCUGUCGUCCCUGGAUCUAUCAGACACAUGUAUGAUUCUGUUGAUCAAGUUAUCGAAUCACAUAGUGGUCAAGUGAAAAACAUGUUGAUUGAUAUUUACAUGAGACACUUCAAUAGUAUUUCAACCGCGGCAAACAGGGAAGCAGGGAAAAAAUUGGUAGAGAAAGAGGAAGAAUUAAGGCAGGCGAAGAUGAGGAUAAUGGAAUUGGAGAAUAAGGUAAACUUGUUAACUAACCAUAGUCGAAAGCUGCAAAACAAAGUUGCGAGUCUUGAUGUGAGGUGUGCAGUGCUGGACUCUCGUCUUUACGCGGCGCAUCACUUAGAGGCACAAAUGAAGCAGGAGUCGGUUGAGUCCUCUCAUGUUGAUCCUCAUGUGGUGGUGCUCCCACCACCAAGUAUGGUGGAGCCACCACCAAGUGUGGGCGGUAACUGUUAUGCAUGCCGCAAAAAUGCCGCUUCUAUUAUUUGGCCUUGUGGCCAUUUUCGUGUCUGUGCAACAUGUGCUUUUCAUCUCCGUGCUUGCCCUGAUUGUCAUACUCCCAAGAAUACUGUAGGCUAGAAAUUAUUAGUAUAAAGAGAAAAACAGAGUAAUCUUUUUUUUGUUCUUUCACAUUUAUAGUAAUUUUUGUGUAUAUUUUGCUACUACUAUGUAUUGGAGGAUUGAAGAUAAAUAAUAUAUGUUUUGUUUCAGAGUUA